AUGUUGUCCGCGACGCGAGUGAUUAGCCGAAAGGCUUUGGAGUGUUCAGGAAUUGGAACUGACUUUUACACUCAAAGGAAUUUCUCUACAAUCCUAAAAAAUACCGCAGCACCCACCGUUCCAAUAUAUCAGCGCCAUGCAAUUCAAUACAGGCAGAAAUCAGAUGGUGUUCGCGGCGCCGUCAUCGGUAUUGACUUGGGAACAACUAACUCAUGUGUUGCCGUUAUGGAAGGAAAGACACCAAAGGUGGUGGAAAACACAGAGGGAUCUCGUACUACCCCAUCACAUGUAGCGUUUAGUAAGGAUGGUGAACGAUUGGUUGGUAUGCCGGCUAAACGUCAGGCAGUUACCAACAGCGGAAACACCUUCUAUGCUACCAAGAGACUGAUUGGUCGCAGAUUUGAAGACCCGGAAGUGCAAAAGGAUAUGAAAAACCUGUCAUACAAGGUUGUCAGAGCUUCCAAUGGAGAUGCCUGGGUGCAAGGAAGUGAUGGCAAAGUCUAUUCGCCGAGUCAGAUUGGUGCGUUCGUUCUUAUCAAGAUGAAGGAGACGGCCGAAGCGUAUCUGAACACUACAGUUAAGAAUGCUGUGGUCACUGUACCAGCUUACUUCAAUGACUCUCAGCGGCAGGCAACCAAGGAUGCUGGACAAAUCUCUGGUUUGAACGUACUCCGAGUGAUCAAUGAACCCACAGCCGCCGCACUCGCCUAUGGAAUGGACAAGACGGAAGAUAAAAUUAUAGCGGUAUACGACUUGGGCGGUGGAACAUUCGAUAUCUCGGUACUGGAGAUUCAAAAGGGUGUGUUUGAAGUGAAGUCCACGAAUGGUGACACUCUUCUCGGUGGAGAGGACUUCGAUAAUGUCAUUGUCAACUUCUUGGUUGAUGAGUUUAAGCGAGACCAAGGCAUCGAUAUCCGCAAAGACGCGAUGGCCAUGCAGCGGCUUAAGGAGGCAGCUGAAAAGGCGAAGAUUGAAUUGUCUGGCUCAGUACAGACUGAUAUCAACUUGCCAUAUUUGACCAUGGACGCCUCUGGACCUAAGCACAUGAAUCUUAAGAUGACCCGUUCGAAGCUCGAGUCCCUAGUAGGAGAUCUAAUUAAGCGGACAAUUGCGCCUUGCCAGCGAGCUCUGCAAGACGGUGAGGUCUCUCGCACUGAUGUCGGAGAAGUCCUACUCGUCGGAGGAAUGACAAGAAUGCCCAAGGUCCAACAAACAGUCCAAGAGAUCUUCGGCAGAGCACCAUCAAGAGCAGUCAAUCCCGAUGAGGCGGUGGCCGUCGGUGCAGCUGUUCAGGGUGGAGUUUUGGCUGGUGACGUCACAGACAUUCUCCUGCUUGAUGUCACUCCCCUGUCGCUCGGUAUCGAAACCCUGGGUGGAGUUUUCACUAAGUUAAUCACAAGGAACACUACAAUCCCGACCAAGAAGAGCCAGGUGUUCUCUACAGCUGCUGAUGGCCAGACCCAAGUGGAAAUCAAAGUGCACCAGGGUGAACGUGAAAUGGCAACGGACAACAAAUUACUCGGACAAUUUUCGCUCGUGGGAAUUCCCCCCGCACCCAGGGGAGUCCCACAAAUCGAAGUGACAUUUGACAUUGACGCUAACGGCAUCGUACACGUAUCGGCAAGAGAUAAGGGCACUGGAAAGGAACAACAAAUCGUCAUCCAAUCAUCGGGCGGUCUUUCAAAGGACGAGAUCGAGAACAUGGUGAAGGCGGCGGAACAGUUCGCCACUGCUGACAAAGCCAGGCGCGAAAGAGUGGAAGUCUCCAACCAGGCUGAGGGUGUACUACACGAUACGGAGACCAAGAUGGACGAAUACAAGGACCAGUUGCCGCAGGAUGAGUGUGAGAAAUUGCGCGUGGAGAUGGGCAAGCUCCGUGAAUUGCUCGCGCAGAAGGACAGCGCGGAGCCCGAAGCCAUUCGUACGGCCACCAACACACUGCAGCAGGCCAGCUUGAAGCUCUUCGAGCAGGCUUACAAGAAGAUGGCGGCAGAGAGAGACAGCCAGCAAUCCUCCCAACAAUCCACCCAACAGACUGAGCAGACAGACGAUAAGAAAGAAGAGAAGAAGAAUUAA